AUGGCCAACAUUGCCUCGGGCAUCUCAUCCAACCAGGACGCCCUUCCCAUGCCGCCAGACUUUUUGAACGUGCCGCAGCUGGCUAUCUGCCCGCCCGCGCCUCUCCUCCGGCCUCCCCCGCGCUUCAUCACUACCGACGGCAUCAUCACGCUCCGCCGCUGGCGCUUCUCCGACGCCUCCGCCCUCAUCCGCAUCACCAGCGCCUCGCGCAGCCGUCUCGCCGCGUGGAUAGCCUGGCCGUGGCGUUCCUCACCGUGCACUCUUGACGAGGCAAUGGCGUUUACCCAACAAAUGGCACAGCGGUGGGAUGAAGGACAGAGCUGGGAGUAUGCCAUUACGGUGCAAGGUGAGGGGGAGGAGGAGGAGGAGGAGGAAGUGGUGAUUGGCUCGUGCAGGCUACGGCGCAGAGAGGACCAUCCGGGCGUGGACGCGGGGUACUGGCUCGCAGAGAGCAGCACGAAUAUGGGGUACGCGACGAGGGCGGUAAAAUUGUUGGUGGAGGAAGCAUGGAGGAUGGAUGCGGUGAGUGUAAGGAUUGUGCCUGACAGGGGAGACGGGAAGGGUAGAGACGUGCUGGAGAGGCUGGGGUUUGAGUGCCAGGGUGAAGUGGACACGGGGAGAAAGGAGGAUGAGAGGAUGGACAUGGCUUGGAUCAAAUACGCGGAGCCUUGA